CUUCAUGAGUUUUCGGAGCAUCCGCUCGGAGUGAGGCCGCCGGAGGAAGGCAUCUUGAGGCGGAAGGAGAGCUCGCGUGCGUGGUUAGCCCGAGAGAAGCUCUUGAUCUGCCCAUGGCGGGGAGGCGCCUCUGAGAUGGCCCGCCCCACACUAUGUGCGCCGGUCACCUCCUCCUGAGAGACUGAUCAGCGGCCGAGUAGCUCACAGAGCCUCGGCGGUGGGAUCAGGCGGCUGCGUGGCCGGCCGGCCUGGUGCGGGAAAGGACGGUUCCGCUAUGAACCUGCACCAGGUGCUAACGGGGGCUGUGAACCCCGGGGACAAUUGCUUCUCUGUGGGAAACGUCGACGGCCACCCAUUCACGGCUUAUGCAUCAGGAUGUGACAUUGUGAUAUUGGGGACAGAUUUUGAAAGAUUACAAAUAAUUCCUGGAGCAAAAUACGGAAAUAUACAAGUGGGGUGUGUAGAUUGUUCUAUGCAGCAAGGGAAGAUUGCAGCUGCUUAUGGAAAUGUAAUUUGCAUCUUUGAGCCAGUCAAACAUCUAAAGCAGAAGAAGAAUCAUAAUUCUGGAUUAUCUUAUCAAUGGCAGAAUUCAGAUCAGAUUUGCUUGGAACAUAUUGUACAUAAUUUAACCUGGGAUCCCACAGGUUCUCGUCUAUUGACUAGUUCCAGUUGUUUACAGCUUUGGUCUAAUGUCAGUUUUGAAAAUCUAUCAGAAGAUGAAAAUCAUGAAAAAGCUGAUUCUCAAAACUGGAGAAUCAUCUGGCAGAGCAAAACUGCUUCUCAAGUUCAUCUAAUGAUGUUUUCACCAGAUGGAGAAUUUUUUGCUACUGCAGGGAAGGAUGAUAGUCUUGUAAAGGUGUGGUAUAACACUGAUUGCUGGAAAUCAGUAAUUGCAUCACAACAUACAGCACCAGAAACCACCAUGCAGGAACUCAAUUUCUCAUUUAUUUAUCUGGUUCAUCCUCGGUCCGUUGACGGUUUUUCAUGGCGAAAGACAAGCAACUACAUGCCACGUGGUGCUGUGUGUAAUGUACUGCUGACCUGCUGCAAAGAUAAUAUAUGCCGUCUCUGGGCAGAGACUCUGUUGCCUAACGAUAGCCUCUUAUAUGAAGGUGGAUUUAACCAUUGGCCUGAGCCAGUGAAAUUAAAUAACUUUAAGAGGAAUGCUUCUAGCAAAGAAAGCAUGAAAAAUGCUUUAGAGUUAAAUCUAAGACCUUUCCGACGAGGAAGAAGAAGAUCAAUAGCACUUGCACAUACUGGAUACUUGCCCCAUCAGCAAGACCCUCAUGUAGUUCAUCGAAACAGUCCAUUGCAGUCAAAUGCACUUUGCCAUUUCCAUAUUGCUGCCAGCAUUAAUCCAGCCACAGACAUUCCCUUGCUCCCUUCUAUCAUGUCUCUGAGUCUUAAUGAAAGUGAAGAAAAAAGUGGUCCUUUUGUUGUGCAUUGGCUAAAUAAUAAAGAAUUACAUUUUACCCUAUCAAUGGAGGUUUUUUUACAACAAUUUAAAAGAAAUUUUGAGCAUAUUUCCUCGGAAGCCAGCAGUGAAGAACCUAAUCAGAUGACUUUCAGAUCUGAUGAAGAAACUGAUGACAGUAGAGAAGAACAUAGAAGAAAUCAAGAACAGAAAGAAUUUCCAGUUUUAAAUUCAAGCUCCAUUCCCUUGUCUUCAAAUGUUAUUGAUCAUGAAAUUGAAAUACAAUUAGCUGAAUGGAAUAAAAAUGCAGACAUGCUGUUUAGUAUUCAUCCUAUGGAUGGAUCAUUGCUCGUAUGGCAUGUUGAUUGGCUAGAUGAAUAUCAACCAGGCAUGUUUCGUCAAGUACAGGUGUCAUUUGUUUCAAGGAUUCCUGUUGCCUUUCCUACUGGUGAUGCAAAUUCACUUUGCAGAAGUAUAGUGAUGUAUGCUUGUACAAAAAAUGUUGACCUUGCUCUUCAGCAAGGCAAACAAAAACCAUCUAGCCUUGGUCGCUCCUGCUCUAUGUUAAUUUCCUCAGGUCAUAAUAAAUCAUCCAACAAUGUAAAGCUGAGCAUCUUCACCCCAAAUGUUAUGAUGAUUUCUAAGCAUGCAGAUGGAUCUCUAAACCAAUGGCUAGUCAGCUUUGCAGAGGAAUCUGCUUUUUCAAAUGUUCUCAGUAUUUGCCACAAAUCACGGUACUGUGGACAUCGUUUCCAUCUUAAUGACUUGGCUUGCCAUUCAGUACUUCCAUUGCUACUCACAACCUCUCAUCACAAUGCAGUGAGGAUACCAGUUGUUGAUAGCACAAAAGAGAUAUCUCCAGAACAUCAAAAUAAAAGUUCUGCCUGCGCAUCUCAGGAUCUUACUGCUGUUUACAGUGAACUUAUCCUCUGGAGAGUUGAUCCAGUUGGCCCACUGUCUUUUUCUGGUGGAGUUUCUGAACUUGCAAGAAUAAAUUCUCUUCAUGUAUCUGCUUUUUCAAAUGUGGCAUGGUUGCCUUGCCUCAUACCUAGUUACUGCUUAGAUGCAUACUGUAAUUCACCAAGUGCUUGUUUUGUUGCAAGUGAUGGACAACAUUUGAGACUCUAUCAAGCCAUAAUAGAUGCCAAAAAGCUACUCUGUGAACUGUCAAAUCCAGGAAUUUCUAAAUACGUUGGCAAAUUUUUUAACAUCAUAAGUCAGCAAUCUACAGCUAGACCUGGUUGCAUUGUAGAACUGAAUUCUAUUACAGAGCUGCAUGGUGAGAAAAUGCAGCUACUUCAUGUUUUUCAAGAAGAUUUCAUUACGAAUAAACUUGAGAAUAGAUUCUCAGAAAAAGAGGCAAUACUACUUGAUCCUGGAUUUCAGAAAAAUGGAUUUUCUGAAAAAUUUUAUUUAAUUGUAAUUGAAUAUACUCAAAACUGCUCACUGUUACAUAUGUGGAAAUUACAUUUGAAAUCCCUGCCAGUCUCAGUGGAUGAAAAAAUAUCUCCUACGGCUUCUGAAACAGCAUCUCAAGAACAACUAUAUUCUCCUUCUCCAGACCAAGAAAAGCUUCACAGUUCCUUCACAAAGAAAUACCAAGUUUGCAGAGAUAAUCUUCAGAGCACCAGCCAGUUAGUUCUUUCUUCAGAAAUUGUCUAUAGUCAAGAGUUGAAUUUACCAGAAGGAGUGGAGAUAGUAAGCAUUAAACCAUCAGCAGGUCACUUAAGUUCUUCUUCAAUUUAUCCAGUCUGCCAAACUCCUUAUCUUCUUGCAACACUUUGCUCAGAUGGGAAAGUUAGGUUUUGGAGGUGUAGAAUUACACAGGAAACCGAUGUAUUAUCCAAACCAGAGAGUACUAAGAACAGUGCUACAUAUGUAUGGGAAGAAUGGCCAUUGCUUAUUGAAGAUGGACAUCUUAGUAGCAGUGCUCUUGAAGUGUCUGGUUUACCUCUUGAAAUUAGCUGUGCUCAUACAAAUCGUUUAGCUGUGGCAUACAAGCAAACACCAUCCCAAAACAGUAAUUCUCAAGAUUUUUUUGUGAAUGUUGGUAUUUUUGAAUGUGAAUCUUCAGGAGGCUCUUGUUGGAACUUGGAACAAACGCUUCAUAUAGAUGAACUAAACCUAACAUUGGAUUCUCUGAGUGUCAAUAGUAGUUCAGUGGCAAUAGGAAAUAAGAACUUAACAUCCAGAACAAAGCAUUUGGUUCAUUUAGACUGGAUGUCUAGGGAAGAUGGCUCUCAUAUAUUAACAGUAAGCAUUGGUUCAAAGCUUUAUAUGUUUGGUCAGUUGGCUGGGAAAAUACAGGAACAAAGUGCCAAGGAAAUGCUUGUACUGCCAGUAUGGGAAAAUGCUAAAACCUCUUGUACAUCUAGAUUUAUACUGUUACGAUGUGUGGACUUGGUCUCAUCAGUAGAGGGGUCACCUCCUUUACCAGUUUCUUUGUCUUGGGUUCGUGAUGGCAUCCUUGUAGUUGGGAUGGAUUGUGAAAUGCAUGUUUAUUCUCAAUGGCAGCCAUUUUCAAAGCAAGAUCCCAUUACUGCAGACUCUUACAGUGGUAGUACACCAUCCAUAACAAGUUUAGUUAAACAAAGCCAGUUGUAUGGUGUUCCCCCAUCAAAACGAACAUUAAACAGAUCCAUGACUAGCUUUGCUCAAAAACUUGGUGGGAAACGAACUGUAUUUGAUCUGUCACUGGAGAUGGAAGAUUCUGGUCUUUUUGAAGCAGCUCAUUCAUUAUGUCCUACUUUACCUCAGUAUCAUCCUGUGCAACUUUUGGAACUCAUGGAUUUAGGGAAAGUACGUAGAGCAAAGGCCAUUUUAUCUCAUCUAGUCAAAUCCAUUGCUGGAGAAGUUAUUGCUAUAAAUGAUCCCUGCCAUGAGAAAAGGUACCGUUCUCUCUCAAUCUGUGCUAGUGGGAGCAGUACAAGAGACCCUAUGACAUUUAACAGAUGUGUAAUAACAGACUAUACAGAAAUAGAUUCUGUUCCACCUCUUCCUUUGUAUGCAUUGCUUGCUGCUGAUGAAGAAUGUUCCUAUGCUUGUACUGAAAAGUCAAAUACUCCAAAAAACUCUAACAAACAUGUGACUGAUGAAAAUUAUGAGGAUCUAUUUCAAAAUUCCAGCCUGUAUACAGAUGAACUAACUACAAUUGAAGUAGAUGAAGAUGACAAAAAGCCAAAAGUUAUUGAUCUUUCUCAGUAUAAUCCAACUUACUUUGGACAAGAGCAUGCCCAAGUUCUUUCUCGGCACUUGCUUCACUCUAGCUUACCAGGACUUACCAGGAUGGAACAGAUGCUAUUGAUGGCUUUAGCUGAUACAAUUGCCAUUACCAGUACUGAUAUAGGAGAAAGCAGAGACAGAAGCAAAGGAGGAGAAACACUUGACGAAUGUGGUUUGAAGUUUCUUUUGGCAGUUCGUCUUCACACUUUUAUGACAACGUCUCUGCCACCUGCUCACAGAGCUCAGCUACUACAUCAAGGUUUGUCUUCAAGUCAUUUUGCCUGGGCAUUUCACUCUAUUGCAGAAGAAGAACUUCUAAACAUGCUUCCUGCAAUACAAAAAGGUGAUCCAACAUGGUCCGAACUUAGAGCUAUGGGAAUAGGAUGGUGGGUUCGAAAUACCCAUAAUUUGCGCAGAUGCAUUGAGAAGGUCGCUAAAGCAGCCUUUCAAAGAAACAAUGAUCCUUUGGAUGCAGCCAUUUUCUAUCUUGCAAUGAAAAAAAAGGCUGUAAUUUGGGGACUAUACAGGUCCCUAAAAGAUACUAAAAUGACACAGUUCUUUGGAAACAAUUUUACAGAAGACAGAUGGCGUAAAGCAGCACUGAAGAAUGCUUUUUCACUGCUAGGCAAGCAACGUUUUGAACAUUCUACAGCAUUUUUUUUAUUGGCUGGUCACUUAAAAGAUGCCAUUGAGGUCUGCCUAGAGAAAUUAAAUGAUAUUCAGCUAGCUCUUGUAAUUGCAAGACUAUAUGAAUCAGAAUUUGAAAUAUCUGGUACUUACAAAUCAAUUCUUCAGAAGAAAAUUCUGGGAAGUAAGCCUCAUUCCACUGAAAGUCCAUCAAAACCACAUUUUGAUCCUUUUCUCCGAAGUAUGGCUUAUUGGAUUUUGGAAAAAUAUGGUCAUGCUCUUGAUACUCUUUUAAACCAUCCCAUUUUGAAUGAUGAAGAUGAAGGAAGCUUCUCAAACUGUAGCCCUUCGGUAUUCAAUUUUUAUAAUUAUCUAAGGACACAUCCUUUAUUGCUGAGACGCCAUUUUGGGUCUUCUGAAUUAUCUUCCACAAGGAUAUGUGUAACAGGAGAAAAAGGACUUGCAGAUGAAAUCAAUUUAGAGGAAAGAAAAUUAUUCUUUACUGCAGCAUAUACUCAUUUGAAAUCUGGCUGUCCGAUGUUGGCUUUAGAAGUAUUAUCGAAGAUGCCUAAAGUGGUCAAAAAAUCAAAGUGUUUAAGAAGAACAUUUAGUUUAAGGAACACUAGUAAAGAAUAUUCACCUUCUUCUCCAAAGCCGGUAGAAUCAAAGGAUGACCAGUUUUUCAGUACUGACAGGACAGAACCAGUACUAAAUGGUUUAGGGCCAUUAUCAGAUGUUUCAUCAGACAAAUAUUCAAAUUCUAAUGCUUUGUUUGAUUGGAGUCAGCCAGCUGCAGUCUUCCAAGAUGACCCAUUGGAAUUAAAAUGGGACAGUGACAAAGAUGAGGAAAGUGAGGAUUCUUGCCUUGUAAUGAAACCUUUGCAGAAGAUAGCAGGUGAAAAAACAAAUGAAGUUAGUUGCUGCACUGAAUCCUACAGUUCAGGAAGUGAAAAUGAUGUCUUAGCUUCAUCAGAAGACAUCAUUUGUGUACAACUGAAAUUUAGGGCAUGCCUGAAGAUUCUUACAGAGGAACUUCGAACAUUAUCCACUGGCUAUGAAGUAGAUGGCGGAAAAUUAAGAUACCAGCUAUAUAAUUGGCUUGAAAGGGAGGUGGUAGCCCUUCAGAAGACAUGUGAAUACAAUAUUGAAGCAGAUGAUUCUCAGGCAGAAAUCAUCCCACUAAUCGGUGAAAAUUCUUUAAAUGAAAGAACUGAAGACCUGUCAGAUAUACAACUAAAAGAAAAUAUUCAAAGAAGACACUGGCUUAUAAAAUACCAGUCACUUUUGCGAAUGUUUCUUAGUUACUGCAUCCUCCAUGGAUCUCAUGGUGGAGGCUUGGCAUCUGUACGAAUGGAACUCAUUUUGCUUCUGCAAGAAUCCCAACAGGAAUUUUCAGAGCAAUCGUAUAGUAAUAUUGUAUCUGAGCAGAGUGCAAUACCUCUUCUUUUUGCCUGUACCGCAAGUGCCAAAACGGUGGUGGCCAAUCCAUUAUUGCAUCUUAGUAACCUGACACAUGAUAUACUACAUGCUAUCAUUUCUCUUGACUCUCCGCCCCAUCCAGAUGUACAGAAUAAUCAGAUACAGGUAAUGCACACAUUAGCAGCAUCUUUAUCAGCUUGCAUAUACCAGUCUCUCUGUGGGGGUCAUAACUGCAGUUUAUUGCAAGCAAACCAGUUCACUGGAAUGAUUUAUCAGACAUUGCUGCUCUCUCAUCGGCAUUCUCUAAGAACAGCAAGUUCAGAUGAAACAGUAACACCAAAUACUACACCAGCUCAAUGGCCAGGAAUAAUGGAUUUAAUACAAUUACUGAAUCAAGCUGGAGAAGAAGCUCAGUCUGGAAUCACAAUUUUGCUCUGUGAAAUUCUUACGGCAGUCUACCUUAGUCUCUUCAUUCAUGGUCUAGCAACACAUUCCAGCAAUGAAUUAUUCAGGAUUGUGGCCCAUCCCCUUAAUGACAAAAUGUGGUUUGCUGUCUUCGGUGGUGGUGCAAAGAUUCCCAAGAAAGGACCAAUUCAAGAAACAACCAAGAUGGGUAGGCACUUCCCUUUGCCUAGCCCACAUCAGGUAGUAGUAUUUUCUAUGGAAUGCGUGGGGUUUACCAAAUCUCUAACAACCAUCAGUUCUCAUAGUCCUACCAAACUUGCAGCCUCUUCUCCUAUAGAUGAUGGUGAGAAGCAAAAUAAGCGGUUUAGACUGACAUCAAAAUCAUCAUCGAAAGAAAAUUCACCUACUACUUUACCUGGAAAAGAACAAGACUGUUCAAUUUACAAAGAGAAAUUUAUUCCUCCUGAACUUAGUAUUUGGGACUACUUUAUAGCAAAGCCAUAUCUUGCAUCAUCUCAAACUAGAUUUGAAUAUGAUUCAGAUGAAAGUCAGGAUAGCAGUGAUGAAGAUGAAGAUGGAGUAUUCUUAUCAGAUUCAAAACUUCAGGAACACUCUAAUCCAAAUUCAUUUAGUUGGUUAUUGAUGCGCUUGGCUAUGGUUCAGCUAGUUCUCCGUAAUUUGAAAAGUUUCUACCCAUUGGCUGGACAUGAUCUUACAGAACUUCCAGUUUGUUCACCGCUGUGCCAUGCGGUUCUAAAGGCUCUUCAGCGCUGGGAACAAGUUCUUCUCAGACGACUUGAAAUGCAUGGAGGUCCACCAGAAAACUAUAUUUCUGUUCACAUUUUACAAGAUGCCUCAUCUUCAGGCCCUGCGCUACUUCGCCACAAAGCUUUGCUAGAGCCAACAAACACUCCUUUCAAAUCCAAAAGUCAUUAUGCAUUAUCUGUAAAAAGACUUUGGCAAUACCUCAUUAAACAAGAAAUGGUCCAAGAAACCUUCAUCAGAAACAUAUUUGCCAAAAGAAAGUGUUUAAAUGAGUCAUUAGAAGACCAAGCUGAACUUACCAAAACUAGUUCAGGAGAAGAAUCGGGAAUUAAUAAGAUAGAGAAUGAUGCAGGAUCUCCUGCAAGUAAAGCAAGAAUUAUCCAUAAAGAGUCUGACAUUAUUACUGCCUUUGCUGUCAAUAAGGCCAACAGGAAUUGUAUUGCAAUAGCCUCAAGCCAUGAAAUUCAAGAACUAGAUGUUUCUGGAAUUUUAGCAACUCAGAUCUACACUUGGGUUGAUGAUGACAUUGAAGUGGAAGCUAAAGGAGCUGAUGACUUCUUAGUUAUACAUACUCGUGAUGACUUGGGAAACAUUCAAGGAACUACUCCUUAUACACACAGCACUCUUGGAACACCAAUCAAUAUGCCAUGGCUUGGCAGCACUCAGACUGGCAGAGGUGCUGCUAUGAUGAUCAAGAAGAAUCUCAAUAAUGUCCGAAGAAUGGCUUCUCAUCCAACACUACCCUAUUAUUUGACAGGAGCCCAGGAUGGCAGUGUGAGAAUGUUUGAAUGGGGCCAUUCUCAACAACUUGCCUGUUUUCGAUCUGGUGGUAACUCCAGGAUUACACGGAUGAGGUUUAAUUAUCAAGGGAAUAAGUUUGGGAUCGUUGAUGGUGAUGGACAUAUAAGUUUGUAUCAAACAAACUGUAAAGGUUGCCUAUAUAAUGGAAGCACACCCAAACCAUACCUGACAUGGCAAUGCCAUAACAAAACAGCUAGUGAUUUUGUGUUCAUCAGUUCUUCAUCUUUGAUAGCUACUGCUGGGUUAUCUACUGACAACAGAAAUAUUUGUCUGUGGGAUACUUUGGUUGCCCCUUCUAGUAGCUUGGUUCAUGCUUUUACCUGUCAUGAUACUGGAGCAACUGUUUUGGCAUAUGCCCCCAAACACCAACUAUUAAUAUCUGGUGGAAGAAGAGGCUACACUUGCUUAAUAGAUCUUCGUCAAAAGCAACAGAGACAGUUUUUCCAAAGUCAUGAUUCUCCAGUUAAAGCAAUUGCUGUUGAUCCUACAGAAGAAUAUUUUGUUACAGGAUCUGCAGAAGGAAAUAUCAAGGUAUGGAGUCUGUCUGGUUUCAGUCUUCUUCAUACUUUCCUCAAUGAACAUUCUAGGCAAUCUAUUUUCAGAAAUCUUGGGACAGGUGUCAUGCAGAUUGAGACAGGACCAGCUAAUCACAUAUUCUCCUGUGGAGCUGAUGGGACAGUGAAGAUGAGAAUUUUGCCCGAUCGAUUUAAUUCAUUUGGUGAAGUCUUGAAAACUGAUGUGAAAUAUGUAUUCUAAAGUGCUGUUAGCACUUGUAAAAUAUUAUAGAAUAUUAUCAAGCAUAAUUGUACAGAUAGCACUAUAGUAAUAUUUCCUGAUGUUUAUAUUUAUUUCUUGGAGAUAUAGUCCUUAAUGCACUAAUGCCUUAAAGGUUAGCAAAUUCCUUCUUAUUCUGCAUAAGAAUAGUUUUUGAUGAUUCAGUAAAUAUUUAUUAUGUAUUUUGUUGAGUACUGUUUGUUCUUAAUUGAAAAUAAUGCCUCAUUCCAUGUUAAGCAUGGUCUUUAUCACUUAAUUUCUAAAGACCAUUCCAUAAAGAAGCCUCAUAAUAUUAUCUAUUUUAGCUUGACAAAACAAUCAGUUGCCAAAUUCCUUAUUCUAACUGUAUAUGGGUUGUAGUUGUGUAAAAUAAACAUACUUGACAUAAGUAGAUACCCAUGCUAUAGUGAGAUUUGCUAUAGGAAGAAAUGCUAAUAGAUGAGCCACCAUGGAUAAUAUUUUCCUGAGAUCUAGUUUGUUCACUUUUCCAACUUGGUCUUUAGUGUGAAGAAUUAAAAGAUAAAAAUUUGUCUUGGAACUUUUCAUGCUUAAUGACUGCUAUCAGGAUGGCAGUCUUUUUCUUAAACCAAGAGAUAUAAAGAAAAUAUAUAUAAUUGAAUCCUUAUUUAAAAUAGCCAAAUAUAGUAUGAAUAUCUAGCACUGAUUGUUUUAAGAAUUAUAUUUAAAAAUAAUACAUAACAUUUAAAAUCCAUGAAACUGAAUUUAAGUAUAUGUUGCAUAGGAUAAUUGAAUAAUCUGGGUGGGGGUUAUAAAAUAUGCUUAAAUCAUUUGGUAAAACACACGAAAUCGACAUAUAAUGUUAUUUUCUCAGUAAAUUUUGUUUUCAUUUAAGCCAAACGUGCUUAUUUUUCCACUGGCACUUAAAUCAUAGCAUUUAGCUUUCAUUUCUGAAGUAAACAAAAUAAGAAAAGGUUGCAAAAGAAAACUAUUCUAAUGUAUGAUAAAUAGUAUAGAUUUAUAUUUUUUUAAAAAAAUCAAGAGUUUGAAAUUUGGUUUUGUUAAAUGUAAUAACUGUGUACACUUAAUUUUUUUUGACCAAAAUAUAAAAAUGUAAAAAGCUUUCAAAAUUUUCUGUGUGCUAAAAUAGGCCAUGUAGUGUAAUAAUUUUGAACUUCUCUUAUUUUACUCAUGUAAAAGUCUCGGAAAAUAAUUGGAUUAGAGAUAGAUUACUUAAAUGCAAAUUAUAAACAGUUUGCUAAAAUAUUUUUGUGGAAAAACUAUCAAUACAAUUUCAUGUGAAACAGAUUUUGUCUGGGAAUAGAUGCUGUAAAUAAAACAAAAAUGAAGGGCUUGUAUAAUUAAUUUUGUACUAUUCUCAGGACACUACUUUUAAAAGUAACAUUUCUUACUUUUAUAUAGAAUUUUAAUGUAAUUUUAGCAUAUUUCUAUGCAAAUCUUAACAAAACAAGUGUUAACAUAAUCAAAAAUACAUUUGUGCAAUAACCUAUGUUAUUCUUCUAAAGAAGAAAUACAUAGCAGCAUAUUAAAGAGCUAGUGCAGCUGUUCAAUACAGUGAAUUAAAAAUCUGAAUCAGUUUACAGGUAAUGCAGAGGGAAGAAUAUAAAUUGCAAUGCUCAAUCACAAUAAUUACUCUAUGAAAAUAGUUUUAUACACUUUAGGUCUGUUGCACAUAUAUUGAGUUGCUUGCCUGGAAGGUAUAUGUUUAAUAGUCCAAUCCUAUAAUUGCUUAGGGUAUAUGUAUACACUUGGGGUCCUGAGCCAUCAACAACAGUAAUGCUCUGCUAUGUUUGUAGGAAAAUUAUACUGUCAUAACAGCUAGUAUGUAGAAAGAUAUAUUAAACGUUAGUGCUAUAACCAUUUAUUUCAUUUAAGAAUAUUAAAACAAAUUAUGUUGCCCUUCAUACUUCAUUCAGAAGAUUAAUGUGAAAAAAAUCAUUUCAAUGCUUAGCAUAUGGACCAAUUUACUGAAUUUUAUAUCUGAAUUGCAAAAUCAGAAAUUAUAUCAAAGUCUUGAGAAUUUAGCUUACUUGUAACUCAAGCUCCUUUAAUUAGAUUUAACAUGGGAUUUUGAGAAAGACUAUCAUCUUUAGUAAACUUUUUGAUAAGUUGCACUAAGUUUAAGACUCCAAUAUUGUGUAAAGCUCUGCAUUUUGACUAGAACGACUAGUGUAUUCAUUAAGAAGAUUCUUAAUCUGAUAUUUUUAAGAGUCAUGUAUUUAGUACAUACCUACACAAACAACCAUGUACUACUUUUAUGAUGCCAUAGUUGGUCAACAUUUUAUUUGAAGACUUAAAGAUUUAAGUAAUAUUAAAAUGUUAUGUGCCUCUCUUUCAUCCAGUUAGUAUCUAGAGAAUAUUUUCCCAUUAAUGUUCUUCAACAUUCUCUUUUGUUAGUAUACCAAAUGAAGUAGCUGGAAUUUUCCAUUUUUCUAAAAGCAUAUUAGAGAUUCAAUUUAUUUCUUCUAUAAUUAAAAAGGCAAAAUAAUCAAAUGCUUAAGCAUUCUACCACCAGUAACUGGUCAAAAAAUAGAUAAGGGUGGUGCAAUUGUCAAUAUUAUAGUUUCCAUUAUUAUGAUUCUAUAUGUUUCUGUGUGUACAAAACAAAUUACAAAGCAUAUGGAUAGGUUUAGAACCCCCAAAUAAAAGUUAUCAUUAGCUAAU